AGUCGCACCACGCACACGGGCAGCCCACACAUCCCACGGAGCGGUUUUGUGUGCAGUUGUGUGUGACAAAACACGGGAUAGUCUUGUUGGUACACCGUCAAAUACCACCACCAUGUCGCACUCUUCGAGUUCUUCUGGCCCUGGCAAGCUCCGUCGGCUCAUCGAGGGCGGAGUCGGACCGACAUUAUCAUCAUCAUCAUCAUCAUUAUCAUCAUUAUCAUCAUCAUCAUCAUUGACUGCUUCUGGAAGAUUAGAACGAGGAAUGCGAGAAUCGGAGAUGGCAAAGAUGGAUGACUCGUCAAAGUCUUCUCGUGUUAUGGAGAAGCCGGGCUCCCCCUCCAUGCGCUCAGAGUCGAGUGCAGGGGCGGGUGCGAGCAACGGAUCUGAUGGCGACGAUGAUGGCGCUGGCUCGAGCUCGUACAGAGGAUCAAGCUCGGGGAAUGAGAGUGAGUGGAGGUAUUCGCAUGAGGCUGGUGACCGAUCAUCGGGAUCGUCGGGAUCGUCGGGAUCGUCGGGAUCGUGUGCGGCGUCGUCAUCGCCGCGAGCGCUGCUGCCGUCGCGAUCGCAGCAUAAUGCUGGAUCUGGUAGUCCCGAGUCGACGAGCUCAGAGUCGAUAGCCGAUAUGCAGUUGUCACCGCUGAAGACGCCGAGGUCGCGAGAGCCAGCCCGGCGGGGCUCGCGGUCGUCGAGGAGGGUUCUCACGCUGUCGGACGAGAAGAGAAAGGAGCAAGCAAGAAGGGAGCGUGACGAGGCGUUAGCGCAGAUGAGCGAAGAGAUGCGCGAGGUGCUGUUUGGCGACGAGCUUGAUGACUACGACGGCUUCUCCAUGGCGGACCUCCGCGACGACGACCCGGAGCAGGAGCAACGCCAGGCUGAGCUCGCAGAGUAUGUGGCGGAGCAGACGAGAGCGCUAGAUGAGGCCGUAGCGGCUGCCGAGAAGCCCCAGACUGAGGCCACAACGUCGGUCAUCGAGAGCAGCCACAUCACCGCUGGUAUCAUCGACCCACUGAUUGGUGUUGACGUCGUGGUGGCACAGCAGCAUGUUGUGCCGCUGAACUUUCCGCUCGAGGCCGGGCUUGCCACCGACGGGCUCGACCAGACCGCGCUCCAGGCGGAGAUUGCGGUGCUUGACCGCGACUCGCUGACGGCUUUAUUUGGCGAGCCGCUGCCGAGUCCACUUCUGGCCUGGCUAUCUUCGGUGGUGGCGUACGGCUCAGACCGGCACGUCGUGCUUGCGGCGGCUGAGACGCUGUGCGCUGUUGCCGGCCUUGCCGAGCCGCUGCCGAGCGUCUCAGCCUGGGUUCAGGUCCUGGCCAACUAUGGCUGCCCGACAGGCAGCGAAGAGCAGCCCAAUGCGAUCGCCCACGGGCAGCUGGGAGUUGUCCGAUCUGGACCUCGUCUCACACCGUCGAGUGCCGACAGCGCGGUGGACGAUGCGCUCUACGGCAACAUCCGCGGUGUGCUGCGGGUGCUGGCGUGCGGGUUGGCAAGCAGCAGCAUUGCAAGCGGCGAGGGCGAGGCCGGUGAUGCAGCGUGCGUUGCACUCGGCACCGCGCUCCUUGCGCUUUACACCGACAUGCGGCAGUCGCUCGUGUGGGCCGAUGUAAGCUCGGCGUUGGGCGCGCUUCUCGGCAUCUGCUGUGGGCGGAGCAGGGCGACGGACGCACUGGUGGCGACAGCAGGCGAGAUGAUGAGCGGCGCUUCGGCGAUGGCCGACCACGUUGUGCGGCUGUUGCCGGGCGAGACGCGCGCGGCGCGGGCGUUUGUGCAGCGUGUCGCCGGCGAGCUGGUGGUGCGGCAGCUCGCGCCGAUUGCGGCGCUGGGGGAGGGCUCCGGGCGAACAGCGCCGUCGAGCAUGUGCGAUGACGAGCUGGCGGGCGAGGUGCAGCGGGCUCUAGAUACGCUUGCGCUGGCCUCGGUAGGUGUUCGGAGCCGGGAAGCAGCGCCGCUGUUGAGCCCGCUGUGGGCGGCGGCGCGGGCGCUGCCGCUGCUGCUAGGAAGCCGCAGUGAUGCGCGCGAGAGCAAGUCAUUUGUAGCACGCCUCGGCGCGCUGACCACAGCGCUCGACGAGGGGCUCAGCUGGCUGGCGCGGGCAAACCACUAUGUGUCUGUCCCGCAGUUGGCGCUGGGUGACGCACAGAUUCUGAUGGAAGAGGUUGCCGAAGAGAUGUGAGGCCGAGCCAGUGGAUGGGGUUUACUUGCCGCUGCGGGGCGGGUAGCGUGCCGAGAUGCCGAGUUCGCGCAGGGCGCGCUCUGCAGCUUUGGCGCCCGCGGCGAUCUUGGACUUGUCGGCAUCAAACUGCGACGAGACGUAGGGGCUGCCGGUGGCGGAGACCGGGCGAGCACAUUUUGCGGUGGCGAUGCUGUUGGCGUACUUGUUGAGGUAGUAGAGGUUGCGCAUGGAGAUGGCGCCCUGAUUAACACGCGUGGCGAGUGUCAUGAGCUCGUCGACCGAGACGUGGAGGUAGAUGGAGCAGUAUGGGCUUGAGGAAAAGUAGAGGACGUAGCGGUAGACGUCGUCGUUGUACUUUUGCCGGGCGGUGAUGCCGGAGCAGAUGACCCUGCCUGAGUCUGCGCGAUCGACACGGGCGUCCAUGCGGAUGGUGGGCCAGUAAAGGAUGUCGUG